AAGAAGGUCGGCAUGCUCGUGGGCGGCACGGGCAUCGCGCCCAUGCUCCAGGCGCUCCACGCCAUCCUCGGGACCGCCGACGACGCGACGGAGGUGACGAUCCUCUACGGGUCGCGGUCGUCGGACAACAUCCUCGCCAAGGCGACGCUCGACGACUGGUCAGCGAGCCACGCGCAGCUCACGGUCGUCCACGUGCUCUCGCACGAGCCCGAGGGGUCCGCGUCGCCCCACGCGCGCGGCUUCAUCGACGAGAAGCUCGUCGAGGACCACCUCCCGAAGCCCGGCGACGACGCGCUCCUCUUCGUCUGCGGCCCGCCGCCGCUCUACGACGCGCUCUGCGGCCCG